CUUGCUCGCCACCAGCAGUCGGUGCGCUUAGCAGCUGUUUAAUGGUUGUGCGAGGCUGUUGUUCGUUUAGCAAAAAUAAUAUUGUGUUCGUUUAGUAAAUUUAUUUAACGAAUCGGAUUUUUAUUGUUUUUACAUUAGUCGAUUUUUAAGUGAUAUUUCUAAGAUUUCCCUAAAACAGGACAUAAUUUGUCAAUCUUAUAACGGAAACCAGAUCAUAGGAAAAAAAGAUGGAAGUGAGAUGAGUGUAGGGGCCGAGCCUGGCGGGUGUUGGGACAGUUGCGUGCGGUUGAUGUGCCAUAGUCAAACGACGCAACCAUCAGCUCAGCGACAAGCUUAUCCUGUCCGCCACCUCUACUCAAAUGGCAUCAAAAACGGUUUGAACGGACAUAUAAAAGAUGGAAUCGUCAGAAACGUUUCGAAAACAAACGGAAUUAGACCUGAGGAGAAGAUUUCAACUGUCUCUAGAGGCUACUGGACAGUUGAAAGGCCGAGAAAACAGCCUAGCUAUCAUGCCGUGCGCCGAUCGUGUAGAGAGCGAGGAUCUCUGUUCGAAGAUCCAGAUUUCCCAGCCGGACCUAAAUGUCUAUAUAAAGUUAAACGUUCGCCUAUUCAACCGAUUGUAUGGAUGCGACCACACGAAAUGUGCCAAAGACCUAAAUUUAUGGUGGAAUCAUCACGGAAGUCGCCUCAAAGUAAUGGAUUAGGGUCAAAUGGAGUUGUUGUUGGAGGAGAUGCUGUCCGAACUGCCCGAUGCGGUGUUGAACCUGGCGAAUACGGAGAUAGCAAUUUCUUGGCAGCUGUAUCUUCACUAACACUCACACCAAAAUUUCUUGAUCGGGUAGUACCGCCUGACCAGUCGUUUGAUACCACCACAUCGUACUGCGGAUUGUUUAGGUUUCGAUUUUGGUAUUUUGGCGAGUGGAAAGAAGUCUUGAUCGAUGACAAAUUACCUACCUACAGAGGACGUUUGAUUUAUAUGCACUCAACUAACCCCACCGAGUUUUGGGUCGCUCUACUCGAAAAAGCUUAUGCCAAAUUUUAUGGUUGCUACGAGAAUCUAAGUGGCCCUGGAAGCUCAACGACUCGAGCAUUGCAAGAUUUGACUGGUGGCAUCGUUCAAAGCUUUGGUCUAUCCAAUCAAGAUCGUUUUUUAACAUAUCAGGUGCUGAAUAGCGCUGUUCCUAGGUCGUCAUUGCUCAUUUCAACAAUUACAUUAAAAGAAAAUAAGAGACAACUGAGACUGCGAAAUGGUUUAAUGACCCAACACGCAUACAGUGUUACUGGAUUAGCUCGAGUUCGAGGCCCUCACGGUGACACGCCAUUGGUAAGACUGAGGAAUCCCUGGGGAGAAGGAGAGUGGACUGGACCAUGGAGCGAACGUAGCUGGGAAUGGGAUGGCUUGUCGAGUAGGGAUAAAGAGUUACUGAGUGUACGUGUUCGAAAUGAUGGCGAAUUUUGGAUGUCAUUUGAAGACUUUGCCCGACAUUUCACGCAGUUAGACAUAGUUCACAUAAGUCCGGAUGAUUGGAUGACUGAACCGGCGUUGCAUUCAAAGCAACCAUGGCGUGCCGUUUUAGCUAGAAGGAGAUGGCGUAGUGGUUAUAAUGCCGGUGGUGGUCCAGAAUAUCUAGAGACAACGGCAAUGAAUCCUCAGUUCCAUAUAGGAAUACCUAGGACCUCGGGAAAUAAGUGUCAUGUAGUAGUAUCAGUUAUACAGCAAUAUGAGACAGAUCCUGACGCAAAAGGUGCACGAUCCUUGUUUGCCAUUGGAUUUGCCGUUUAUGAAGUACCCCAUUCUACAACUAGGCUAACCCCUCAAUUUAUAACACAACAACAACCAUUGGAUGUGACAAAUCAUUCAAUUGCAAGAGAAGUAGUGACCUUUUUUACGUUGCCGCCAGGUGAUUAUAUAGUCGUACCGCAGACCAAUGUUCCUAAUUGUGACGCAAAAUUUCUCCUUAGAAUACUUACUGACGAACAAAGCAAUAUAUGGGAAAUAAACGAUGACAACAUGGUUUUUAAACAAAUUUCAUCCGAAUUUCUUGAGGAUACUGUUAUACUGCCUGACGGUAGGCCUCUUUUGUCUAAGCUAAUGAUCAAAUACCCACCGGAAUUGGAUGUGCUGCAACUUCAAAAAAUAUUGCGAACCCACUGGAAAGCGUACCUAGCCGAAAAACCCAGUCUAGAACUAUGUAAAAGUCUCAUUAUGUUAAGAGAUAUCAAUAUCAGUGGACGAAUUAAUAUGUUAGAUAUACCUGUGUUGAUGCAUAUGCUACAAUUUUGGAAGAUUGCUUUUCAAAAAUUCGAAAAAGGAAUAAAUCCAACUAAAACGUCUAGCUAUAAUUUAAGACCUCUACUUUGGGAAGCCGGAAGUACAGUUAGUAAUAAAGUUCUCGAAUGUUUAGUCUUACGGUUCGCAAAAAAUAGAAUACUGACAUCAGAGUGUUUCAUAAUGGCGAUGGUUAGGUUGCAUCUAGCACAUGAGAGAUAUCACAGUUUAGAUACAAAAAUGAGUAAAGGAAAUCCGUUAUCGUUAGAAGAGCUUAUCUUGAUGACUAUUUACUCAUAAUUUUCAAUCAACUACAAACCAAAGAAGAAGAUUGUGUCACUCGUUAAAUAAUAAGAUAAUUUAUAAUUGUUGAAAUUUUAAGUAUUAAGAAAUUUAAUUGUAGCAAUUUAUAUUUUUUAUAACAUAUAUAAAAUAUAUCAAAUUGCAAAAUAAAUAUGUUAUUAAAUAAUCUUUAACAAGAAUUUUACUGUAAUCAAAUUAUUAUUUAAAUGUUAUUUAUUGUUUUUAAAUGUAUUAAUAUGUUUGACAAGACAGAUACGUUUUAUAUUUAUUGUUAUUGUAUAUAGUUAUUUUGUAAAU